ACGUGUCGUUGGACGCUGUAAACAAUAUGGCGGAAGUUUUUGAUUUUUGAAAGAAAUCGAAAAUAUCGUUAGUGAUUUCUCCUUCGUCUUUUGCAAAAUUAUUGAAAACAUAGAUUUUGUGUAUUUUCUAGAAGAUGUCUACAAUAAGUGACUUAAGUGUACCAGACAUCCCGCCACUGUCCCCUGGAAGUAGUGUCUCAACAAGAUUACAGGAUGAGUAUGACGAGUUACUAAAGUUUGCUGUAGUUGUACCCAAGUAUGAUCCUGCUCAGAUACCCCAGACACUGACGAAUGCCAAGGACUCCUUCAUGCAGGCCAGCUCUCAGUCCAUGCCCAGACGCACCGACAGAAGACUCAUGGAUGAAGAUGAGCUGUCAGAGGCGACAGAUGUUACUCCAAUAAAUGUGAGACCAUCACCUAGAGAAGGACUCCCAGACUUUGUCUCCAAAACUACUCCUAGAGAAAGACUUCCAGACUUUGGUCAGUCGCCAAUAAUGGAUGAAGACAGGCCACAUGAUCCCAUACCAAGCCAUUAUUUUGCUAGGGUGCCUUCUACAAAUUCAGAUAUGAAUGGGAACAACACUAAGGUAAAUGGAGAAUAUGAGAGAGUGUACACAGCAACAGUUGAUCCCGACGUCUCUAAGAUGGAAAAUAUGAUGGAUCAAUGGUGUCUCGACCUGAAGAGAAAUGUUCUGGCUGAGUUUAGUCAAUCGAAAAUCCGAAUAGUUGAACAGGGCAGACUGCAGCUUAUCAAGGAACAAGAAAAGCAUGCUUCAGAAAAAAUGAAACUGCUGGAUGAAAUAAACAGUUUGAAGGAGUUACUGGCUACAUACGAGAAAUCUAUAGAGAGGAAAGACCAAGUAAUAUCCAACCUUACACACGCCAUGCAGAAACAGAAAGAUAAAAAUGAGAUGAUGAGAACAUUCUGUGAGUGGAAGAUGAAACACAAUGACUUCAAAAGAGAGACAUUCUGUACAAUGAUAGCAAAGAAGCACCAUCAAAGAAGUUUACAGAGGAAGGUUUGGGACGCCUGGCACUCUGUUAUAGAGACUAAGUGGAGGGUGCGUGUAGAAAAGGCCUGCCAGGCCAAGGCUCAGGAAGUCUGUAUACACCUCACCAAUGAUUAUGAAGCCAAACUUUCUGCUGCCAAUGAGGAACUGGAUUCAGUGAGGUCAGAGGUUGCACAGAUGCACAAGGAGAGAGAACGGUAUGAGGAGAUGAUGAAGAAAGCUUUCAUGCGUGGCGUGUGUGCCCUCAAUCUUGAAGCUAUGACAAUCUUUCAUAACAAUGAGGAAAAAGAGAACAGAGAUAUAGGAAAUGGUCAGAUUCCUGAUGAUAUCAGUGAGAACAUGAAGGACAGUAUACCUGAGAAAGACUACAGUAUUCCUAAAACAUUACCUCAUGAAUACGCACAACAUGAGAGAAUUGUAACGAGUGAAGGGUCACGACCUUCCACAGUCACUCAGGGACGGCCAAUGAGCUCAAAGUCUACAGGGAAACCAGGAAUAUCAAAAGCUUUAACCACCAAGGUCACAUCAAAAGUCGACAGUAGGAUGACAAGAGGGGUGGGGUCACAAGUGUUGGCUCCGCCCAUGACGUCAGUGACAGUUGAGCGACAUCAGCCAGUGAGUAAAAAACCAAAUGAAAAG